AUCAUUUUUGGUCGUCACGUCGGCGACAUAAUCUUCCACCACUUCUCAGAAAAAUCUCCCUCCCUCCAAGAAUUAGAAAGACACAUUUAUUUGUUCUUACGAUUACUAUCAUUGGCACGAUUUCUACUACAAAUGACGCCACCACCACCAACAAUCUGCAUACAAUCGAGACGAAACUUAUUGUUAGUGGCACGUCCCUUCUACUAAUAUCUACAAUGCAAAUUAAGCCUACAGACUUGAGUGAAUGAAAGAUAUUGAAGGUGCAUAAAUAAAUAAAUAAGCAAGUAAGCACACAUAUUUGUAUACAUGUACGUCCACAUACAUACACACAAGGAUUGAUAUUUGCGUCACUAUUUGCAUAGAUACGAGCAGCUUUAUUAUUACUGCGAAUGACGAUAAUAGUGAAGGGAGAGUAAUCUCUGAUUAAUUGCAAUCGCUGACUGAAUCAUCUGCCUGCUCAGAAGCAAAAGUGAGACUCUCCGAAAGAGCCGUGUCUUCGUGGGAGAUGAACAUUUGUUUGUAGAACUGAAAAGUAAUAAGAAGUAACACAAGUUUUAUAGAACAUAUUGAUUUUGAAUAUUUGGUCAACUUUACAAAAUUAAACAUCAUUGGACGAUGAACAAAAAGUACUUUGUCGGGAUUGAAGGGGGAGCUACCCACGCUUCAGCCGUCAUGAUUGGCGGUGAUGGAAAAGUUAUAUCUGAACUGAGUGAUGAACCCGCAAUGAAUUUCUGGCUUGUUGGAAUGGAAAAAUGCUGUGAAAUGACGGUGGAUAUGAUCGGAAAGCUGAAAGCUCAAGCCGGAUUGAAACUGGAUACCAUUGUUAACGGUUUGGCACUGUGUCUGAGCGGUUGCGAGGAUCCAAAAACAAAUGAAGCCUUGAGGUUAAGAAUUUCCGAAGUCUGUGAGAGCGUUGAUUAUGUGGCAAUAGCAUCGGAUACGCAGUGUCCACUUGCAGCAGUUUCUGAUGCUGGAGGAAUUGUCUUGAUUUCGGGAACUGGGUCAAAUUGUCUGCUGAUUAAUCCUGAUGGCAGUGAAGCCCGAUGUGGUGGAUGGGGUCAUAUGUUGGGUGAUGAAGGUUCAGCAUGGUGGAUUGCAAACAAGGCAGUAAAAUUUUGCAUGGAUGACCAAGACAACUUUGAGAAACCGCCUUACAAUACAGAUUUCGUUUGGAAACUGAUCCUAAAUCAUUUCAAAAUUGACUCACGAUUUGAACUUUUGCAACAUUCCUACAAGGAUUUCAACAAAUCCUUCUUUGCGAGCUUGACAAAAAAAUUAUCAGAAGGAGCAGAAUCUGGAGACCCUCUAUGCCGCCAUUUGUUCAGAAUGGCUGGUGAAGUUUUGGCAAGACACCUAAUCUCUGUUUCACCAAAAAUCGAUCCAGCUUUGCACAACACUCAAUUUGGUCUUCCCAUUGUUUGCAUUGGAUCCGUAUGGAAGUCGUGGAAAUACCUUCAACCUGGGUUUCUGGACGUUCUAGGACUCUACCCCAGCCAAGUACCUCGUUUGACACGGUUCUCUUUGAUGCGACUGAACGUAUCAGCUCCCUUUGGAGCUGCCUGUUACAGCGCACAGGGUUGCAGCAUUCCAAGAAAAUACGAUGAAAUUGUCCAAGUCUUCUACUCGCAUGGCAUGGAAAAUGAAAUUUCUAAUUUGAAAAAUGGUGGCGGCUUGGAUAUUGUAAAUGCAAUUGCUGCGCAAUAAUUUUUUGUUUCAUACAAACGACAUGAUGCCAUAAUCUUAACUAAUCACAUUUUUUAAUAUUCGGCUUUUGACUUGUCCAAAAUUCGAGAUGAAAUGAAAACGAGAUGAAAUCUAUUUUUUACAAUGUCUUUAUAUCUACAACAUAAAUAAUUUUUUUAAUGCAAGAAGGAAUUUAUUGUGAAUUAAUUACUCAGAACAACUUGCCAAAUUAUUCUUUGUUUUCUGAAACAAUCAUAUAAACAAUAAACAAUUUUACAAUAAGGAA